AUGCAGCCGUGGUACCAUAAACUGGGCAGGCAGGGGCGCCAACUGGCCGAGCAAUGGCAGGCUGAUGCAGAGCCGUGGGGCGUUGCUACUCCGACUCCUUUGGAUUAUCUGUUCGACGAAUUAACUGCUCCUAAACCGUCCACUACCCCAGACAAAGUCCUAUCAUAUCUGGCAUACUACUAUCCAAAACUGAAAAACGAGAACAAUGUCGAGCUUUUGACGCUCUGUUUCCUUCGAUGUCCACUUUUCUUCAACGAUGCCCAGCUGGUGUCGUUCAGCGACAACUAUCGCGUUAUCGAGUGCUUCAAGUACAUCACGGACAAGAAGUUCCAGAUCAGCCAGCCGACGCUGCCCUUUUACAGGUUCUACAACGCGCUGUUUGGAGCCCUUGCGAAGGUCGUCGCAGAUAGCGCGUGCGCGUGGAAAGUGGUCCCCGUGGCUGUUGGGUGCUUGCUCUCUGUGGACUCAAGAAACGACUACGACAGGUAUCCCGAGCAUUUUCAGCUCAUUGCAACAGUAGACGCCAAACUCGUGGACAUGGCAGCACAUACGCUGGAAAGAAGCAUGGACGGGCCGCUUUCAAAUGAUCUGCUAUGUCUCAACGUGGUUGCCUUGUCCUGUGUCCAGGACAAGCUUGUCGACUCUCAACUACUGCGAAUUUUGCGAGUGAGAUCCGACAUUUUGAAAAUUCUCACAGAGCUCACGUUCAACUCGCCAUACGGUCUGGAUAAUGGUCGUCUUUUGACAAAAAGCAACGCAAACACCCCCAUCGUUGUCAGACACCUAAAUCGGAUCUCGUUCCUGUUCACCAAGCUCACGUCGAUCCACCCAAAAAUCGCUUUGUUGGCGGAUGAUUUGGAUUUGAUUUUGAACAGGAUUCAAACGUUCAGCGAGAGCGUGCUGAGCAUCCCAAAUCCGUCAGAAACGCAAUGGAGUACACUAAGAGUGGUAUUGUUUGCGCAGGUCAUGAUGUUUGAAGGAAUCAUGGCCCGUUUCUUUCAAAUCAACAACCAUUCUCUCAACAGCACCGUCCUGCCCACCCUGUGUAGGAAAAUCCUUACAACGCUGUUCAACUUCAAUUUUGUUGUCGACAGAAUCGGCACUGGCGGGUUCGAGAGCUACAAUUUCGUCUACGCGUCGUGUCUCAGCACACUCACAAGCUACGACAUUCCCACGGCAGAAACGCUCAUCAAAUGCUGGACCAGCAGCGUAGCAUUCAAGAAAGUGGACAAUUCUGCUACAGAGCGCGGGAAACUGCUGUUUGAUCUGCAAUUUAUCGAAAAUGUCGUCAACUUGGUCUCCGACAGCCUCAAGUUUGAGUUUAUCAUCCCCAUAGUCCAAGACCUGAUAGGUAAUGCACAAGACCAGGCUGUCUUGGAGAGCGCACAUUCAGUCAUGCUUAAAUACUUCACCAGCGUCGAUACCUACAACGAGGCCCAAUUGGUGGACUACACGAACAACGUCAAACAUGUUGGAGCGCAGCUGAUCGAUUACCUUACGCUGUCCCUAGACCAGUUUCCGGCCCGACUGUCGCUGAGCCAAGUCGGCAUUAUUGUCGAGACACUGGCCAAAAUCACGUUUCCGGACACCGCGGUGCACGAGUGCGAUCCAGAACUGUACCGCGAGCUGCUAUUGCUCGUUUACAACAGAUGUCUGGUUGCCACGAGCGAAGAGCUGCCAAAUGUCCAAGGUCCGCCAAAAACACGCCACGGAGCAUUCACGUCUCUGCUGAUCCGAAUUCUGCCCCUGAUACCGUUUGACGAAUACCAAUCAUGGCUGGAGAGAACACUCAGUCUUGCGUUCCGCACAGUCGGCGACGAGCGCACAUACCUUCUGGACCUGCUCUGGGACAGUAUUCUGGGCACAAACAGACACUAUCCGCAGAAAGGGUACGUUGGCAUCCAAUGGUGGUACGAACAUGUCAACGAGAGUCAGGAAAAAGCAAAAUUAUAGUAUUUAAUCUACUCAGUUGGUUCCUGUUGGUCGAAGAAAUCCAGCACAGCGCAGUUUGGAUGUAGGAUGUAAACCAGGUUGGCUUUUCUUUCGGCUUCUUUCUUGCGCUGCCACUCCUCCAAUCCAAUGGUGCGUCGUUCGAUCUCGGCCCUGGACAUGCCUUCGCGGACCACAAACUCCUCUGGGAUCUCCAGGUCGCCCUGGUCAGUAUUCACACUCAUCAAUAUUUUGUCCUUAACAAGCCGCUUCAGCACCUUGAGGGCCGUCUUGCGUUCCUGCCAAUACUGGUCCUCGCUUUCGAUCUCGUCUUCGAUCUGGUGCAAAUACCAUUCCACCAAGAACUCGGCAGUGUACCCCUGGCCGGGCUGGGGAUCGUCCUGCGACUCUUGGCUCGUCUCCUUUUCGCCGAUUUUCCGCACAAAAAGGUUCAUCAUCUUGACGUAUUUGUCGUACGGAAUGGCCACCUUGUGUUUUCCGCCCGACUCUGGCGGCUCGCGUUCCUGGGUGUCCUGCGGAGUUGGUUCUGAUGGCAGCAGAGUCUCGUCUCCCUCAUCGAUCUCGACAUCGUCCUUCUCCACGCGGAUAAUCGACUGUCUCAGCAGAUCGUAGGCCUCGGCUACGAACCGUGGCGUGAUUUCUUCGGUACAAUUGGCUCGGGCAAUGGCCUCAGACAGACGGAUCAUACUUUCGAGCUGUCUCACGGUGAUUCUGUAGCUGCUGCGGCCCAGUCCUUGCGAAUCAUCGCUGCGCAACUCCUUGUAUCUCUCGACAAGAUAGUCUCUGGCCUCCUUGGUCAUCUUGGGCUUGAACGUGCGCGCAUACUUGAUGUAUCUUAGCAGCUGCUCUUUGGAGAAAGGCGGAUCAAUGGCGUCGUCUCUGAGCAUGUGGAGGUUCACAAUGUGGUCGGCCAGCUGUGUGUCGACUUUCUCGUUGCACUCGUCCAGAACAACGAAAAAAAGAUCAAAUCUAGACAUGAUAGGAGCAGUCAUGGCCAGGUUGCUUUUCAGACCCACUUUGGGAUUGUAUCUACCCCCAAUAGGAUUGGCAGCAGCAAGAAUAGAGGUCCUGGCGUUCAACGUGGCCUGGAUACCAGCCUUGGUGAUGGAAAUCGUCUGUUGCUCCAUUGCCUCGUGGAUGGCCACCUGGUCCACCAGAUCCAUCUUGUCGAACUCGUCAAUGCAGCAAAUACCGUUGUCGGCCAGCAUCAAGGCGCCAGCCUCAAUGGUCAAUUCUCCGCUUUCCUCGUCUCUGAUCACUGCCGCAGUCAGACCAGCAGCAGACGAGGCCUUUCCCGACGUGUAGACGGCUCUCGGAGCAAAACUGUUGACGUACUUCAAGAAUUGAGACUUGGACGUAGACGGGUCGCCAACAAUGCAGACGUUGAUGUCUCCUCUCAAAUUGAUACCGUCCACAGUUUUCUUGUGCACACCGCCAAGAAGUUGCAAAAGAACGCCUUUCUUCACCACUUCGUGGCCGUAAACCGCAGGUGCAAUCGACGAGACUAGUUUGGCGUAGAUGUGAUCGUCCGAAACCAUGUCUUUGAGCUCGUUGACCUCCUGUUCUGUCAGCGUGUUCAGGAACAUCUCCUGUUGCUUGUCUGUGUCGUCGGGGGUUUCCAGGUCGUCUGCAUCGCCGUUUGCGUCCUUGGCAACGAGAGAACACACGUGGGACGCGAAAAACGCUAUUUUGUACGUCAGAUCUCUAGCUCCAAGGGCUUUCAACCCAGUAAUGCCCGAAUUGAGUGCUUCCGUGGUCGACCCCAUACCACGUGACCGCACAGACAUGGGCUUCACGCCGGGAAGACCCAGCUGCGUCACGUCCGGCACGACGACCUCAGUUCCUGUGAAUCUGCACUUAUCGCCCGGCUUGGCCCUUUCCACCAGUUCUCCGCGCAAGAUCACGUCCAACGUUCUCGGCAUCGAGCCCGUUGGGAUCUCGUUGGCGUUCUCUUGGAUGCGAACUUUUUGCCAGUCCAAAAAUGUCGAUUUGGCAAUGUUGAGCGUCCAGGACGCGUGGUUCUCGCACGUCGGGUUCGAACAGCUGCUUGGCUCGGUGUAUUUGAAUGUCUGCUCAACAUUUUCAAUGAGUGUUUUGCACACAUCGCACGUGAACGAGGCCUUGUACAGUUCUGGCCUCACCUCGCUUGUCCGCGUGACGGUACCGGAAAUGGACAUGAGCAUGCCGAUGUUUUCUGCUCUGAGCUCACGGAUCCUGUUGAUGGUGGGCAGGUUGUAGAAUGAGAUCUGGAAAAUCCGCUCGGUGACGCCGGUUUCCUCGUCGUCGGCAAGCUUGGUCGACCGUCUGAGAAGAGCAGGCUGGAACCGUUUGAUCACCGUGCGCAAGCCGUUAACCAGGUACGGAAUGAACCGGUAGUACUGCUCAGUGAUGGCGCUCGCCAAAAUCCCGUUUUCAACAGUCAACAGGUGCUGGUAAUCGAUAUAUAUUGUGCACAGAUCGUAGUGGGCCAUGGCGGCGAUUUGGGCAAUGUACACUUUGCCGUGGAACUCUGACUCGUCGGCACUCUGCUCGUCGGUGAAGUCCACCAGGAACUGUUCGAACGCCUCCUUCACUUUUUCCGCUGUCAGGUCGGUGACUUUUGGAAUCGAGCUCAAAUCUCUUCUUCUUCUAAGAAAACUGGCUGUGGUCUCGUCGGUCUCCAUUUCCUCGUCGGCGGCCUGUUUUCUCGAGUCGCUCGGCAAAUGAGGCUGCGACUCGCUAAGAGGAUUGGUGCUUUGAGUCCGGAACGCCUGGGACGACGGCAGCGGCGACGACGCGAUAGUUGUCAUUGGGAUCG